GCGCCUGCGGUUGCCGUGGAGACCAAGGCUAUGGCAACCAGGAGAAGCCAAAGUUGGUCGAGUCUCUGGAACCGCGGAGGGGUCCGGGACGCGCAACCCGACUCCGACCUGCGCUCAUGGCGCUCCACGAACUCUUUUCUCACCCGGUGGAGCGCGGCUACCGCGCGGGGCUCUGCUCCAAGGCCGCGCUGUUCCUGCUGCUGGCCACCGCCCUCACGUACAUCCCACCGCUGCUGGUGGCCUUCCGGAGCCACGGGUUUUGGCUGAAACGGAGUAGCUACGAGGAGCAGCCGACCGUACGCUUCCAGCACCAAGUGCUGCUCGUGGCCUUGCUGGGACCUGAGCACGCGCACGGCGGAUUCCUGGCCUGGAGCACGUUCCCUGCCUUCAACCGACUGCAGGGGGAUCACCUGCGCGUCCCGCUCGUUUCGACUAGAGAAGAAGACAGGAACCAGGAUGGGAAGAUGGACGUGUUACAUUUUAAACUGGAGCUUCCCCUGCGGUCCACGGAGCAUGUCCUUGGUGUGCAGCUCAUCUUGACCUUCUCCUACCAACUACACAGGAUGUCGACCUUUGUGAUGCAGAGCAUGGCGUUUCUCCAGGCCUCCUUCGCGGUUCCGGGGUCCCAGUUAUAUGUGAACGGAGACCUGAGGCUGCAGCAGAGGCAGCCUCUAAGCUACCGUGGCCUAGACGUGCGAUACAACGUAUCUGUGAUCAACGGCAGCAGCCCUUUCGCCCGGGACUACGACCUCACCCACAUCGUUGCUGCCUAUCAGGAAAGGAACGUAACCACCAUCCUGACCAACCCCAACCCCAUCUGGCUGGUGGGAAGGGCUGCAGAAGCUCCAUUUGUGAUUAAUGCUGUCAUCCGAUACCCUGUGGAAGUCAUUUCUUAUCUCCCAGGAUUCUGGGAAAUGAUAAAGGUUGCCUGGGUCCAGUAUGUCAGUAUCCUGCUCAUCUUCCUCUGGGUGUUUGAAAGAAUCAAGAGGUUUGUGUUUCAAAAUCAGGUGGUGACCACAGUCCCUGUCACAGCAGGGUCGCAGGGAGAACCAUACAAGGAGCACUUAUCCUAAGAAGACCCUUUUGGGAGCAUUUAUCCUAAGAGGACCCUUUCGGAAAACUCUAAGCCGGACCCUGGCUGCCUCACCAUUGCCUCCCGAGACCUGCCGUGUUACGAAAUUUCUAAAAAGAAGCCCUGGACACUUGCCCGCCUCUGUGAUUUCCCGUGUCGGAGACAAAGAACAAUCCUGUCUCAUUAUCCUCUACACAAAUGCCAUAUCUUCUAAGCGCCUACAAAAAUAAUCAGGGACUAGUUUGUGGAAACGGGCUGAGGGUUCCUGAAGGCUGUAAUUUGCUUUGGUUUUUUUGUUUUGUUUUGUUUUGUUUUGUUUUGCCUCAGACUUGAAUGUCAGGAGAAAACCCCAGUCAGUUCAGACCUCUUGGAAAGAGUCCCAUCUCUGGUCAAGCAAAGACUUUUUCUCCCUUGAACUGAGAAAAGCGCUCUGCAUUUCUUUCCCCCCAGUGUCCACCGCGGUUCUUACUCCUUCCAGGGCCCCCUGGUGAUAGAUAUGCAAAUCACCAGCACUUUGCCCUCCUGGGCAUCGACGUUUCCCAUUCAGAACUCAUUUCCAGAACUGAGAGGCCUUUAACCGGACCCCUGGAGCGAGACCGGGGAGCAAGACCGGGGAGCGCCCUGGAGCGAGACCGGGGAGCGAGACCGGGGAGCGCCCCGGAGCACAUGUGUGCACGUGCGCCAGGGUGGGCAACUUGAGGUCACCAGGACCAUCCGUCCACCUGCCCUGAGCCUAACAGACAGUCGUCUGUCAGCAGCCCAGCUCAACAGCCCUUUAUCCCUGCCCUGCUGUGCCUGGCUCUCGGCCCUCCGUCUGUGCCCCUGGAAUAGCGGGCUGCGGUCCGACGGGCUGGUUCAUUCACAAGCCCCUCGGCCCCGGUGGGGGAAGUAAGGAGCCUAACAACAGCUUCUUUCUCUCUGGCCCUCGCCCAACAGCCUGGACACUUGCCACUCCUUCUCCUUGACAGCCCACCCCUUCUUGAAAAGGACACGGGGGACAGAGGCGCUGUUGUUGCUGUGGGCUCCCCCUGCCUGACAACCACAGAGUUUACUUGCAGGGCCAGCAGGACGCCCAUCAGAGGGGGCCGCUUUGGGGAGGACCCCGGAGGAGCAGGGAGGGGACAAAAAGGAUGCUAGCCGGGGAGUCCAAGCCACUUAGCGGAGUGACACACAGUCCAGCCAAAUUACCCUCAUGACUAAGUGAGUGUCUGCAGAGGAGGCCACUGGAACCAGCCUCUGUUGCCUGUGGAACAACUGACCUCACCCUAAGGACUGCUGGACCUCCUUUAUGACACCGAGAUGUCACUGGCACUGGAAGGACAUGCCUUCUGUGACCUACACUUCAUGCCCAUCCACACACACAUACACACACACACACACACACACACUCAUGGGCACAUGGCAUGCCUCAGUUUCCCCUGGAGUCUCAGGUCUUACUUCCCAAAGCACCUCUUCUUUCAGGCUGACCAAAAUAAAGAGUUUUGGAAACAAA